AUGUUCCCACAAGGAAUCCAGAGGCAGCUGCAGUGUAAGUGUAGACGGUCAGUCGAUCAUCGCACAGGCAGUUCCUGUGUCUCCCUGACCUUCUCCUCUGCUUUAAACUGACCUUUUCACCUGUCUAAAACCCCUUGUAAUGCUGUCACCCUGGACAUGCUUUUCACCUACUACUUGACUCUAUACGUAAAAGGUAGGAGGUAACGUGUUAAUCCCGGGAAUGUCAAAUAGUGUACUGUAAAAAGCACAACAGUAACCUUUGAACUUUUAACGUUGUAAAUCCUGACCUCGUUCUACUAACCUACAAGGUAUUUAGUGUCUCUGACUGAAAGACAUUGGGUAGCAAAUUACAAUAGGUAAAAAUAAAUAUUCUCAACAGUUUAACCCACACACAAAUGUCACAUAUACAGUAUCUUCCCUGGGUCAUUCCAACAAUUUGGUGCCUUUUGAGAUAUGUAACUUGGUGAAAAAAAGGUUUGAUUUAAUAAAAACUUAAUAAAAAACAUGUUUUCAAAUCUCAAGAGGUUAAAUAUAAAAUAACACGGUUGACAUCAUACAUCUACCAUAAAUUCCCUUGUGACGGGGAAUGGAAGUUUGUGUGCAACAGGAAGGGACAAUUGAAUGCAAGCUUCAAAAAACUAAAUGAAAUUGUUAAAACAUUUCUAGCCUGUCUAUCUAUGGGUAACAGGGUUGAUGUGAUAUGCUCGACCCACUCAGUUUUCCACCACAAAAAAAACAGAAAAUUGCCAAAGAACCAGCUCACCUGCUUUUACACUAUGAUUUGACUAUUAGAUGUUCAAUGUUUAUUUUAUUUUGUAUCUUCUCUUUAACUCUGCAUUGUUGUAAAAGGACCCGUCAGUAAGCAUUUCACUGUUAGUCUACAUAUGUUGUCUACGAAGCAUGUGACAAAUAACAUUUGAUUUGUUUCUUUUGAAACUUUUUUUUUAAAAGGAAUAGUUUCAACAUAUUAAAAUGAGAUUUCAGUUCACGUAACAGGGUAGACCUUAAAAUGAGGGACAAGUUUUUUUGUUUGUUUUUUACCUUAAAAUGAAUCAAUAAUCACAUGAAAUAAAUAAUAGUAUUAAGAAAUGACUUUUUCAAAACAACUAAAUAACUAGGGCUUUAGAAUGAUGAUGAAAUUCUGGGGUUAAGUAGGUUAAAGUCUUUUUGGAAUUCACAGAGGGUGCACAGAGUGACAUGUCAAAAUGCUGAAUCUUUAUUCAUAUUAGAAAUCUGAUUUAUUGAAUUAUCCAUGUGGUCUAUAUUAAAGGGUACUUCAUUUAAACAGGCUUUUAAAAUGCAAUAUUGGUGCAACAUUUCUACUUUAAAUACCAAAGGGAUGCAAAAGACACGUAUUUUGUGGAACGACCCCCCUAUCUGUGUUGAAUAUCACAUUAAGAGCAACUGAAAAGACCUGAGACGAUCAAUAUCACUUCCAGUCCACUUCCAGAUUACCUUACAUCGAUAAAACACACGUUUUUAUCCCCACCUAAAUCAAUAUCUGCAAAACAAUUAGAUUAUCUAGAUUAGAACUAUAGAGAGGGAAGAUGCAGACAGCAAAAUGCUACAGUUUAAAUACAGCUACAGAGAAAAUACAGCUUAAUGAGUGGCCCAUUCUAGCAAAGUGCUCUCUCUCAUUGAGAAGCUAACGUUGCUCCUUUCUGGUGAGCUGAUGUGACAUUCCCCUCCCAGCCUGAUAGAGGAGCACAAAGGAUGCGGCUGAAAGGUGACAUCACAGCCAUCGUGUGCAUGGAUGACAGAAUAUUUCUAAACAGGCCUUUUUCCUUCCCAGCUUGAAAUGCAAGAACAUACAAUUCACAGCUCAAAUGCCAUGGCAUUACUAAGCAAAUGUUCAAUUACUAUCUAAUUGUUAGUCCAUCUGAUUGUGAUGGAUCCGUAAGAAACAUAAUGAACAGAGAGUGCAAAAGAACACAAGUGAUGUUGGAAAAGCCCAUCAUAUGCAAUUCUUGUCAGUGAAUCAUCAUUGUACCAAAAUGCUGAUGUCAGUAAAUAUAAAUAUAGAGAGGCAGCCUACCAUACUGAUCUGAAUACCUAAUUGCCAGGCCGAACAAUUAUUGAUGGGCUGGGUAAAAAUCUGUCACGACUAUCCUGAACACAUUAUGCUACUGUAAAUGCAUUACAUAUUUAAAAAAUAAAAAUGCCUUCAAUGACAUUCAAUGCAUUCACUGACAAAGCAGCACUGCCUAUAGUUGCAUCUUACUGCAUUGAUGCAUUAAGGAACCAAUGCAUGCAGGGUAAUAUUGUACUGUACUGGUCAAGGUGAGAUCUCAACAUAAAAGUAUACUUCUCAUUGCUUUUUCCUGCCAUCAAGUGAACCCUGGCUGCAGUGGCAAGGAAUUUCCCAUAGGAGAGGGGAAUGAGUACACACCCCUACACUGCAAAAGGCCCAGUUCUGACUGCAUGCACUGACACAGCAGAUUGCUUAAAGGGAAAGGAAUCCCACAUGCACAUAUCACUACAAUUAUGUUGCUUGCAACCAGAAAUCUGAGACAGAAAGUAUUAUUAGGUAGUAAUAAUAAUGCUUAAGAUUUUCUUUCAUUACAGGGUGAAAAAACAGUUGUUGAGUAUAGUUUUAAUUCUAAAGCACUAGGCUAGGCUACAUAAUGAUUGGAGGAGACUGGGCAUAUAGGUUUAGGGCCUAAUGACAACGCAUUUUUCACACAGUGUGAGACCUGUAUCAAUAAACCAAACAAUAAUCUAAAUGUCAUUCAAUUACUUUAAAGAACACACAGCUCAUCCAUAUCCAAACAUAUAGUAUGUCUAGAGGCUACUGCACACGUUGACAGUGACACACAAUGCGACAUACAGGUGCAAUGCAGAAUGAUAAUGUGAUCAAGUAACUUAAUGUAGCUCAACGACUGAACACUAAAGGAUCAAUAUCCAAUCUGAUCAUUGACUCACUGCAAUACGACAAAAUUAUGCUGUCUCCUACAUUUGUUUUAUGUAAAGAACUGGAAACUGAACAACCAUUUAUGCAGGAAUAGAUCCUUAUCCAGAGAACAUCUGUAGCCUAUAUGAACACAUACACACACACACAUAUAUAUAUAUAUAUAUAUAUAUAUAUAUAUAUAUAUAUAUAUAUACACAUACAUAUAUAUAUAUAUAUAUUAUCAAGAGGACACAUUUAACUCACAAAUAUAAUUUAACAAAUAUUACUAUUAUUACUAGGCUAUUAUUUAAUUCAAUCUAGAUAUUACAGGAAAAAUCUAUCAAUAUUCGAGCAACCUCACAUGGCACAAUCCUAAAGACCAAAUUCUAAAUGAUCUGAAUUUAAUAGAUCACAUGGGGAAUUAAGUCCCACUGGGCAUACACUGGUUGAAUCAAAGUUGUGUCUACGUCAUUUCAAUGAAAUUACGUUAAAACCAACGUGGAAUAGACGUUGAAUCGACGUCUGUGCCCAGUGGCAUAAAACAUUUUUCAAAUGUUGUAAUGUGAGGGACACGUUUGACAGAGAAAUCAAUGUUCUUUGGUGCCUCUGAAUACAUUUCGUGGUAAUAUUACUCCACUACAUUUAUUUUAAAGGCACGAGAAAGGCACCGCCCAAGGAGCAUUCGAUAGCAUACAUUGAUUGCCUUUCUUGAAUGUUUGAGCUCCACAUGCAGGCUAUUCUAUUCGUUAUAAUUAAACAGUGAUUGAGCCCUAUGAAACAGACUUGAUAUUCUGAAUGGUGUAGGCUAGUUUUGGUGUAGGCUAUUGCAAUGCAGUGUAGUGAUGUCUAGGAUUGCUGGCAAAACCUUUACUGAAUCUAAUAUCAAAUUGUUUAAGUUCUAUACACAUCACAUCCAUGAAAAAUCUCUAGGAAUGCAAUCCAAUAUCUAAAUAGAGAUCAUUCAUAUUUAUUAGAAUUACAUUGUAGAUAAAUCAAUGUUUCAUUGAACACCAUAUCAUAGACCUUAUUCAUAGCCAAUUCACAUGCAAUGGUUUUGGAGGAGAGACUUACCGAUUUCAUGGCAGCUGCCAUAUCAUCAUAUCUUUCAGCCUGUUCAGCCAGCCUGGCUUUCUGCACCAGCUGCUCGCGAUCAACCAUUUUAAUAUUUGGUAAGUGUGAACGUUAUUCUAUAGGUUUUGGGAUAAAAUGAUAUGUGUACUACUCGCAAUGCUGUGAAAUUCUAUGCGAACCUAGGCUACAGCUGUUCCGUAUAGUCUGUGCUCGUGCCGACGGGACACCCUUUCUCGUUCCUCACAGUUUCCCCUGGCUGCGUCAUCACUCAGAAAGGUGGGUGUCUAGCUACUGAUGUAACAGUCCUUACAUGGGAAUCCAGAGGUCCUGCAUAUGUGGGAUGAGAGCGAAUCAGAUUUCCUGUUUCAUUCCCACUAGGCAAUCAAUGGCUAUGUGGGAAAUUGAGUCCAAUAGGUCUCCUUAGUGAUUCUAAACCUAACCCUUACCCUAACCCAUAACGCUAAACCUAACCUUAACUUCAUGUCCACACCCCAGCUCAACCCUAAACCUACCUCUACCUAACACCUGACACCUGACACCUGUCACUGAACUAACCAAUCACUGUUACCAAUGCAAAGAGUGACCUCUCCUGGCAAGAUAAGCUUAAUACAACUAUUUGUCAUAUACUAGUGUCACAACUUGAUUGGGCUGCCUGUUUCCUCUGAGAAAAUCAGAUGCUAUCCUUGCAACACAACUGGAAGUCUUGCCAAACAUUUUUCAAAGGUCAGAUAUCCUUAUUCAUAUUCAAUGGGUCUGGGAAGUCCCAAAUGGAACCCUAUUCCCUAUAUAGUGCACCACUGUUGACCAAGUAGUGCACUAUAUCACACACAAUGUCAGUGCAUUAAAAUCAAGUUACUGCAGGGAGAUGGAGUGAUGGAGAAGGGACCGCCUGCUUUCUGUACAUUUAGUCCAGCGGCACCAAUCCAAUGAGUCAUUCAGAACCCCCUCUGCUGGUACAGCAUGGUAUAACGUCAUGACUCAGUGCAAAGGAUGGAUGAAUCAUCACCGCCUGUGCUAACUCCUUGCAUUUGCGAAUCACUAAGGGGUGAAUCCUAACUUCCCAUUGACAUUAAUGCAUUACUAAGUGAAAAUUCGACCUAAGUGGAAGUUUAGGAUUCACCCCUAAACGUAAUUUAUUUGGGCUUUUUUGACAUAGUUUCAGAGGACUGUAGGUCCAGGUAGAAUGUGUUUGUCAGUCACACAAGUCUGAAUAUUAGCUGGAAAGGAGUCCUACAUGUAUUGUUGUAGUGGGGACAAUGGCGAACAUGCAUUCUGAAGAAUCAGGACAUUGUUGGUUCACACCUGGCUCCAGUUGGAGGGACAGAUCAGCUAAUUAGUAAAGAUGUUCCAACCAGAUUAAGGUAUCACAAACGUCAGAUGAUUAUUUUCUGUCUCUCAGACCUUCAAUGUAGGAUGGCUGCAUAUUAGGCACCAACGCUUACCGUCUUUCUUCUCUCUGCCUGCCUUUCUCUCACUCUUUCUUUCUUUCUUUCUUUCUUUCUUUCUUUCUUUCUUUCUUUCUUUCUUUCUUUCUUUCUUUCUUUCUUUCUUUCUUUCUUUCUUUCUUUCUUUCUUUCUUUCUUUCUUUCUCUCUUAUGGAGAUAGAGUACUGCCAUCUCUCCUUCUCUCUCUCUCCCUCUCACACGCUCACUCCCCUGUCUCACGCCCCUCUCUCCCAUCUUUCUCUCUUUCUCUCUCCUCUCACUCACUCACUGUCUCCACACUCUUCACCUUAGUUUCAACCCCUUCCAUUUUUCAAGGCAGUGGUGAGAGAGAUAAUCUGCUGCUAACCUAAAUUCAUAGAAAGAAGUUGAGUUGAGUCUCAAUAUAACCUGAAAACCCUCUUGAGUCAAUUUCAGAAAUCUAAUUAGCAUAAUAAAAUAAUCCCCAUAAAAAUAUGUCUGUUUAAACUAGACAUAUCAGUUUUUUUGCAUGGGCUGUGUCUAUGACCACUCUAUGGAAAGGUGAGUCUUUCAUGAACACAUACAUGUUGGUUGUUUUGCUCUAGGAUGCCCACAAGACUCACCAGAAGAUAGCCCAGCACCAGUUUAAAAAUGAAUGGAAGUAUAUAUGGAAGUAGUUUAGUGCCUAUAAAAGUGUUAUAAAAAAAAGAAAUACUUUCCUGAUUUUUCUUAUAUCUCUCAGAUAUAGGACAGACACUUCAAAACAAACUUCCUUUAUAUUUUUUUGGGGGGGAGUGGGGACUAUCUGUUUUUCCUUGUAUGAAUGUGUUAUGCGGUUGGGUUAAAGGCAGAAGACACAUUUCAGUUGAAUGCAUUCAGUUGUACAACUGACUAGGUAUCCCCUUUCACUUCCCUUUCCCUUCUAUUGGCUAAUAGCAGUAAAGCCAAAUUCAAUGUUUCAGCAAAUAAUUUUUGUACAGUGCCUUCGGAAAGUAUUCAGAUCCCUUGACUUUUUCCACAUUUUGUUAGGUUACAGCCUUAUUCUAAAAUUGAUUAAAUUGUUUUUUCCCCUCAUCAAUCUACACACAAGACCCCAUAAUGACAAAACAAAAACACGUUUUUAGAAAUGUUUGCUAAUUGAUUAAAAAUAAAACACUGAAAUAUCACAUUUACAUAAGUGUUCAGACCCUAUACUCAGUACUUUGUUGAAGCACCUUUGGCAGCGAUCUUUUGGCUGUAGGCUCCACAUACUCUCUGCAUGAUCAGAUGACUUGUGUGACCAUUUGUCCGCCCAGACUGUACAUACAUGAACAUGAGCUGACCUGGCUGGGAGUCACAUUACGUUUUUCUAACAUAGGAUGCUGUAUGUGCACAUACUGUAUACUGUAGGAAAAUUAUCACUAUAGAUGACAGUGGAUUGUUUUGUGAUGGAGACUAAAUAUCACUCAACAUGUACUGUACAUUCAUAAAUAUGGGAACAUGGGAACAUGAUCUUGAAAACGUAAAAACAAAUUUGUCAUCAAUCAAUCAGGCAUAUCAUGUCACUACAAUGCUUACAGAUACAUUCAAUCUUGUGAUCUUCUAAUGUUUGAUAAAUGCAGAUACCUGGAUGCCAGUUUUAUGGGCUUUCAGAAAUCAUAUAGUGCAACUCCAUCUCAUUGGGCUACUUAUUGCAGUCCCUAAAAUACAGUGCCUUGUGGUUAAAAUAUCAAAUAGAAAGAGGAAUGUAUUUCAAAGGUCCAGUUGCUCCAAACAGCUAAGCUGUUGGCAAGCCAUGAGCGAUUUUCUAGAAACAUGCAUGUGAAGUGGAGCAACCAGUUGCUAUAUGUGCCACUGACUGUAGUAAAUACAUAAAUAAAAAGGAGGGACGCAUGUCUGGUCCGACAUACAGGCCCGGCCAUGAGCACUAUUGUUGUCUAUUUCCAUACACCUUGACAACUGUCCACACUCAGAGAACAUGAACAAGAUUGUACAGAUUUAAGCGCUUAAUACACCACCAUCCAUCCAACCAUCCAUCCACAACACGGAGCAAAGUACAGAGAGAUCCUUGAUGAAAACCUGCUCCAGAACGUUCAGGACCUCAGACUGAGCAGGACAACAACCCUAAGCACACAGCCAAGACAACGCAGGAGUGGCUUCGGGACAAGUCUCUGAAUGUCCUUGAGUGGCCCAGCCAACUUGAAACCCAUUGAACAUCUCUGGAGAGACCUGAAAAUAGCUGUGCAGCAAUGCUCCCCAUCCAACCUGACAGUGCUUGAGAGGAUCUGCAGAGAAUAAUGGGAGAAACUCCCCAAAUACAGGUGUGCCAAGCUUGUAGCGUCAUACCCAGGUGGAAACAGGAUGUACCUGAGCUCAAUUUAGAGUCUCAUAGCAAAGGGUCUGAAUAAGAUAUUUCUGUUUUUUUAUUUUUAAUAAAUGUGCAAACAUUUCUAAAGACCUGUUUUCACUUUGUCAUUAUGGGGUAUUGUGUGUAGAUUGCAGAUGUUUUUUAAAUAUUUUUUAUCCAUUUUAGAAUAAGGCUGUAACGUAACAAAAUGUGGAAAAGUCAAGGGGUCUGAAUACUUUCCGAAGGCACUGUAUAUAUAUUUGUUUUAUACUUAAAGGGGUCCUAACUACUUACAGUUACAGUUCAUGUAAGGAAAUUAGUCAAUCAAAAUGAAUUCAUUAGGCCCUAAUCUAUGGAUUUCAUAUGACUCGGAAUACAGAUAUGAAUCUGUUGGUCAUAGAUACCUUAAAAAAUGGUAGACACGUGGAUCAGAAAACCAGUCAGUAUCUGGUGUGACCACCAUUUGCCUCAUGCCUCAUGCCUCUCCUUCGCAUAGAGUUGAUCAGGCAGUUGAUUGUGGCUUGUGGAAUGUUGUCCCACUCCUAUUCAAUGGCUGUGAAAAGUUGCUGGAUUUUGCAGGAACUAGAACACGCUGUCGUACACGUCGAACCAGAGCAUCCCAAACAUGCUCAAUGGGUGACAUGUCUGGUGAGUAUGCAGGCCAUGAAAGAACUGGGACAUUUUCAGCUUCCAGGAAUUAUGUAAAAAAAAAAUUUUUGGUAAUGAAUAUAAGCUACAAGAUAGAGAGGGUAAUUCACCUAUUACAAACAGCCUAUGUGAAUGCACCCGUACACGCAGCUGUUUUACCAAAAUAAUGCAAAUGCUGAAAGUAGUAGCCUAGUUAUUAUUAUUCAUGCAUGCAAACAAAAAAUUAUACUGAAUAGCAGUUUGGCUUAGAAUACCAACACUACUGUGAAUGUGAACGAAUUAAUGCGAAUGGAACAAAACAGCGGUACAAAGUAGGCCUAGUAAACAAAAUGUCAGAUCAAUAUGAAACAAUCUAUAUUUAGGCUAGUUACAUUAACAGUAAAUAAACGCACUAAACAAAAAGCAAAUGGAGAUCCAAAUAACCAAAACAUAGCCUACAGCCUAUUGCAGUGAGAUGUAGCCAUGCACAGCUGUCUUGCCAAACAAAUAGGCCUAUAGGCCCACUUCAAACAUGGAAAACCAUGCUGCUCAUGAGUACAGCAACACGUGAUAUGACACAAUACACUUCUGUGGAUUAAAUUCCACCCACUUAAUCAGUUAAGCAAUGCCAGCCUACCAUAAACACGUUUCCAAUACGUACAGUUCCAUUUACAACCACAAAAACCAAUAGGCUUCCAAGAAAAUCAUAAUAGAAUGUAUUUAUUUCUAUGAUGAAACAUACCGAUAUGUAGCUACACCCAGGGGUGUCAUUUGGGUUCUUGCAUUGGAAUUAAAUUGAAUUCUGCAGCCACUCUCUUCCAAUGAACCAGUUGCUAUUACAUGAACAUCUUUUAACAAAAACCCGCGGCUAGGGUAGGAUUCUAGGCUAACCUGGGCUGGCUCCUCUGUUCCAAGAUCAUCAGGAACAGUAGGAGGUGGAGGGGCCUGUGGAGACAUUAUCCUGGCGGCACUUGUGGAAGGGUGGGUAGGCUCUGUAUGCGGAGCUAUCUGGAGCUCGGCAGCAUCAUCGCUGCUGGGCUUGGCGGUGGGCUCGGUGGUUUGAUGCUGCUGUUGCUCAUUACUCUCCUUCUCCUUUUGGCUUUGUUUGGGUACUUUGGCAAAGCCAAUUUCUGAUAUCCAUCGUGGCAGUAGCAUAUUAGCUGGUUCGAGCUAGCUAAAUAGGCUAAUGCUUAUAACACUAACACUUUUUACAGCUAGCUAAGACGCUAACUAAACUCUGUAGUGGUGGGGCGUGAGGCAGAGUUGUGUGCUUCAAUGGUAAACUUUUUAUAAAUCAAAAUCAAAUAUUACAGGCAGAGGCAUAUCACAAUAUUCACUUAGCCUACCACAGAUGAGAAGCAUUUUGCCCACUUUUUAUGGAAACCCAUAGGAGUCUGUAGCACCCCAGUGGCUUUCCAUAGCCCUCCUACACACACUGCGACACACUCUGUCCAUUGUGCCGACACAGCACAGCAGAGAUGCAGAUUUUGCACCAACCUGGCACUCAUCAUUUGAACUUUCUUGCUAUUUUUAUAUAGGUACAUAAAACUAAAACUGAGGGUGCACAAGUUUCAACUGAGGGGGCCCCCUUGUGGAUCCGGGCCCGCAUACAUUCACUUUAUAGUAUCUCAUUGACCACCCAUAUGUAGUUGGCUGAAAAAAUGACAUCUGCAUGUUCUGUAGUGCCAUACACUAUCAUCUUUUCAUUUCAACUUCCCACAACAAUGCACAUCUUUAGCGCAUGCAAAGUUGAGCAUUCUUCUCUUGUUGCUACACUUCUACAGGCAGACUGUGUCCCGCAGGUAUAGAGGGUUGGGACGAGAAUGUUAUCCACUUUCCUCAAAGAGGAUUACAGCCUCAGGCAGCUUAUCUUCAUAAAGGGUGAGGGUAAGGAGAGCCCUGUUGUCUCCAGCAGCCAUCUGUCUGCCCAGUGUAGAGCUGAGAGGGGUUGCUCUCACUGAAGUUAAGCGGGAAUUCAGCAACUCUUGGAGGACAGUGGAAGUUGAUUAAAAUGCUUCUUUAUUGUUAAAACCAAAACAUUCUGGUCCUUAACCUUCAUCAGGGUUGCUCUCACUCACAUAAGGGCUAAUGGAGGGGAUGCUAGGAGUGGAUGUGUUUCUGUACCCUGAUGGACUGAGAAUUGCUACACCAGAGGAUAUUAGGCAAUGGGAGCUGGACACCGCCAGCCAGGUGUCAAGUCAGGUGUCUCAGGAACCCCCCGUCCGGCUCUUUGUGGCUCUUUUCCCAUACAACCCUGCUGCGAUGUCCCCAAACCCUGAGACCGCCGCCGAGGAGCUCCCUUUUGUGCCAGGACAGAUCAUCAAGGUAAUGUACUGAGUAGUUUAUCUCUACUAUAGCAUAUCAACCGUUGUGCUCAGUUGGUAGAGCAUGGUGCUUGCAACGCCAAGGUUGUGGGUUCGUUUCCCACGGGGGGCCAGGGGGGCCAGUAUGAAAAUAUAUGCACUCACUAACUGUAAGUCGCUCUGGAUAAGAGCGUCUGCUAAAUGACUAAAAUGUAAAUGUUGUGUUAUAACUGUUUAUACCAGGUGUUUAAACUGUCUAUAAACUAAUGAUUGACAGUUUGUAAACAACGUAUAAACUCCUUUUUAAAUACUACUUUUUUGUAUACCUUAUGUAAAGAGUUACCUCCCAUUUUAAAGGGGGUAUAUAUGAUCAAACCAAGUUAAUAUGAGGUAGGCAGAUUAUAAUCAGUUAUACAGUAUAUUGGAUUUUAUUUUUUAUCAGUCCUAGAUGCUGGUGUUUCCUGUUUGUUCUCUGUUAAUGCGUAGGCCUACUUGAUGUGCAAAAGCUGUGGUUUCCUCAUUUCCUGUCAUCAUUUGCAACUGGUUGAUGUUGACCUGAUAACUUUCCACUCAUGUUCCUUUCUUUUACACAUGCACAGUAGAGCUGUAUCAUUACCAAACAAAUCUCAUGAUAGCAAAAUGGCUGACUCCUGUCUCUGUCUCUGCCAGGUGUUUGGAGAUAAAGACGAUGAUGGUUUCUACCAUGGGGAGUCUGGUGGUCUGUCUGGUGUCGUGCCUAGUAACAUGGUAUCUGAGAUCCCAGUGGAUGAUGACUACCUCAAGCAUCAGCUAAUGCAGCAGGGUUUCCUGCCUGUCGACCACACCUGUACAGGUAUCUCUUUCUCUCACUCUCUCUCACACUCUCUUUUGCUCUCUCUGAAAUAAUGUAUAUUAAAAAGAAUCAGAGAUUUCUUAAUGAUGACAAAUGAGAUCUGGUGUGCCUCCCAAACGCACCCUAUUCCCUAUAUACACUAGGGCCCUGGGGAUAAGUAGCACAUUAUAUAGGGAAUAGGGUGCCGUUUGGGAUGCAGUCCUAGACUAUGAUCUAAUCCUUCAACUCUUGAACUCUGUGUUUCCCAUCAGAUCCCAGUGAGGAGUCUAGCGUGCUAGAUGACUUGGUCGUCCGCAGGAUGGUGGCCAUCUUUGAGUAUGACCCUUGGGAAAGUUCCCCCAACAUGGACAGCAACGUGAGUGUGGAAACUCCACAUGGAUGUCCAAAUCCACUUUAACUUUCUUAUUUUGGUCUUUUGAAUUUAGUGAACUCCAUUUCUGAGGUAAUCACAGUUAUAGGGCCUCACUGUGCAUAUUACAGCUACACCAAAUGAACAGUAACUUUUCCCCCAAAACAUUUUCUUGUAGGCUGAGCUCGCCUUCCGUGCAGGGGACAUAAUAUAUGUGUUUGGUGAUAUGGAUGAAGAUGGAUUCUAUUAUGUGAGUGCUGGUUAAGUAGUCUUUGGAGAAAUGUUACCUUGUUUUCCAUUGGUUGUAUAUCUAAAUGACGACUGCUUUGCCAAUGUCUAAUCUCCAUCCAGGGGGACCUUCAUGGGCUGAGAGGCCUGGUGCCAUCCAACUACCUGGAACCACUACCAUGGGAAUAG